AAAUCAAUGAUCAAGCAAAAAAAUUGCCAAGAGUCAAUAUAGUAAGCGAGUCUAUUCCAAAAAGUUUUAUUUUACAAGCUGAUAAUAUGGAAGAAGCAAUGAAAUUUUCUAAUGAUUAUGCACCAGAGCAUUUAAUAUUGCAUAUUGAAGAAGCUGACAAAUGGAUUGAUAAAGUGGAAAAUGCUGGUAGUGUUUUUAUUGGUGCCUAUUCACCAGAAAGUUGUGGUGAUUAUGCAUCAGGCACUAAUCAUACAUUGCCAACUUAUGGAUAUGCUAAAAUGUAUUCAGGAGUCAACACUUUGACAUUUGUAAAACACAUUACAUCUCAAAAGUUGACAAAAGAAGGUUUAGAUAGACUAGGCGACACUGUUAUGAGAUUAGCUGAAGUUGAAGGGUUGGAAGCUCAUAGAAAUGCUUGCGUUUAUGUUAUCUAA